AUGUCGUUUUUCUCAUCUGUGCAAUGGGUUUUGAUUCCCACCCUGGCCAUCACACAGUUCCUGGUAUUUGAAGUUUGUACUUGCCCAGCAACAGUAUUCUCAUUCCUAAAGAGAUUAAUAUGCAGAUCUGACAGAGGACGGAAAUUAAGUAGUGACCAAAUAACUUUGCCAACUACAGUUGAUUAUUCACCAGUUCCUAAGCAGGCAGAUGUUGAAGAGUGGACUUCAUGGGAUGGAGAUGUACCCAUGAGUGUAAAGAUGGAAGGAAGGAAAGGGAAUGUGGCAACACAACAAAAUGCUUCGGGACAGCUGGAACCCGACUAUUUUAAGGACAGGAUACCAAGUAUAAGGAAGACUCAAAAAAUUGUUACUAAGAAGAGAGAACCAUUAAAUUUUGGCAUCUCAGAUGGUAGCACAGGGUUCUCUAGUAUAUUAGCAGCUAUGCAAGAUAUGCCUUUUAUUCAUCAAUCUCCUGAAUUAGGUGACUUAGAUACCUGGCAAGAAAGUACCGAUGUGUGGGAGGAAGAAGAAGAUGCAGCCUGGCAAGCAGAAGAAGUUCUGAGGCAGCAGAAAACAGCAGACAGAGAAAAGAGAGCAGUGGAACAACAAAGAAAGAAAAUGGAAAAGGAAGCCUGA